GCUGUGAUUGCUUUGCUGUGUUUGCUCUUUUUCACAGGGAAAGGCAGCUGCUCCGGCACACAGCAAGAUGAGCAGCAGUCGACGGCUCCCCGCUGCCGCUCUGUCAACCCUCUUUUUCGCCAUGCACACCGGAGCGUUCCGGCUGGGCGUCAGCACCUCGUCAGCAGGUAGGGCGACCCUUGCGCGACCCAACCCCCUGGCCCGAACCGGCAGCGGUUCCUCCGCUUCGCAGCAGUCCCGCCGCACCCACCGAACGGUCCAGAGAGUAGCUGCUACCACCUCCACGAGGAGAAGCAUGGUGGCGUCAUCGGCUGCCGGCGCCGACACCGCCGGCAAAGGUGGUGCCGUGGAUAAGGAGGAGGGGGGGGAUGCUGCCGGCGGGGGCGCUGGCGGUGAGCCCGGGUGUUCGAUGGACGAGCUGGUGGGGCUGUGCAAGCGCAGGGGCUUCGUGUUCCCUUCGUCGGAGAUCUACAACGGUUUUUCGGGGUUCUUCGACUACGGCCCGCUAGGGGUAGAGCUGAAGAAGAACAUCAAGGAUGCUUGGUGGAGGGAUGUGGUCCAGGCACGCGAUGACAUCGUCGGCGUCGACUCUUCCAUCAUCAGCAACCCUAAGGUGUGGGAGGCAUCUGGCCACGUCGCGGGGUUCUCGGACCCCAUGGUCGACUGCAAGGAAUCCAAGCUGCGGUACCGUGCCGACCAGCUCUUCUACGGAAAGGUGGAAUUGGAGGAUGGGGAGGUGAUCGGGUACGUAUCGGUGCUGGAGUCGAGCACCAUGCAGGAGGAGGCAGACGCGGCCGCUAACAAGAUGAAGCGCAAGGCCGCUAAGCAGGGAGCGCUCAAGGCGGUGUCUCUUCUGGACCUGUCGAGAAUAAGCGCGGAGGAGCUGGAGCUGGUCCCCUCCCCGGCGACAGGGACCCCGGGAGCGUUAACGCCUCCUCGAGAGUUCAACCUUAUGUUCCAGACAAACGUCGGGGCCAUGGCGGACGCGAGCUCUGUGGCCUACAUGAGGCCUGAGACCGCUCAGGGCAUCUUCACCAACUUCAAGAACGUCCAGCAAUCAGCGCGCACCAAGGUUCCGUUUGGGAUCGCGCAGGUGGGCAAGGCCUUCCGCAACGAGAUCACCCCUAGAAACUUCAUCUUCCGGUCCAGGGAGUUCGAGCAGAUGGAGGUGGAGUACUUUGUUGAGGAAGGGGACGCCUGGAAACAGCACCACCAAGAUUGGCUGGACUUUUCGUGGAACUGGCUCAAGGACAUCGGCCUACGGGAAGACCUCAUGGGGAAGGAUGUGCACAAGGACGACGGCCUUGCGCACUACGCCAGGGCGUGCACUGACAUCACGUUCAAGUUCCCCUUCGGGGAGUCGGAGCUGCAGGGCGUCGCGGCGCGAGGGUGCUACGACCUGACCCAGCACCAGGAGGCGAGCGGCAAGUCGAUGGAGUACUUUGACGAGAGGAGCAAGACCAAGUACGUGCCGCACGUCAUCGAGCCGUCGCUGGGGGUGGACCGCCUCUUCCUGGCGGUGAUGGUGUCUGCGUACCACGAGGACGAGGUCGGAGGAGACAAGCGCACGCUACUUCGCUUCCACCCACGAAUGGCGCCCAUCAAGGUGGCGGUGUUCCCCCUGGUGAAGAAUAAGCCUGAGCUUAUGGAGAAGGCCAGGGGCAUCUACGAGACCAUCCGGCUGAGACACAACGCCUUCUGGGAUGUCUCCGGGGCCAUCGGUCGAAGGUACCGCCGAAUGGACGAGGCCGGAACUCCCUUUUGCGUUACAGUCGACUUCGAAACGCUCGAGGGAGACGGAACCGUAACCGUCAGAGAGAGGGACAGCACCGAGCAGACGAGGGUGCCGGCCGACGAGUUGCUCGGAUUCUUGUCCAAGGCGAUAAACGGUUACUAAAUUACGUUUAGUCGACACAGUGUCGCCAGCGAGCCUCGUGUCCGAACAACUGGUUGACACGUUGGUCGUGUAUCUUGUUGGUGCUGUGUAUUGUACGUACAUUAGGGGUACCAACUAGCGUUGGAGUGUGUAGUCGCCGCGGUGAGAUUUUUUUUUUUUCUCUCUAAGGGUGGAUUACCGAGUUCGAGGUAUCGUAGACCGAUACCCAACCAUCGCGCCUUGUUCAGGCAGCAUUGCGGAGUUAAUAUCCACGAACACAAGCACGUGAAAUUUGAUUUUUCAACAGGACCUUUUUGGUUGAACCCUUGGAAAGCCCGCCCGCCCCCCACGUGAUCGGA